GCCAGGCACUGUGGUAAGCACUUUAAAAAUUUGCCCUAAUUUUUUUGGUCAUUAAUGUGAAAGCUACAGAGGUGCUGCUUAUUAGCCUCCCUUAACAACAAUGAUGCAGACAAGUGAAGUGAUUGGCCCAGGGGCAGAGAUCCAAUAAACACCUAACUCAGUCUUUUCUGACUCCAAGUACACAUGCCACCAAACCACCAGAAUUACCAAGGCAACAAAUUAUGUUGAAAUAAAGGCGCAGGAGACCACUAGUGAAGCGGCUCUGGAAGGGGUCACAGUAUGUGGGCAUCUUCUCCCCUAGGAGGUGGUCCUGAGGAUCCAAGGUCAGCUGAGAGCCCAGAGGUCAAGCCUCCUCCACCUCUGAAGCCAUGCAUUCAACUGACUUCAUGGACCAAUGGGACUUCACGGUGUUUGGAGCCAUGCUGCUUAUAUCGGGUCUCAUAGGCGUCUACUUCGCUUUCUUUGCAGGCCAAGAAACAGAGUUGGAUUUCCUCAUGGCAGGGCGCCAGAUGAACGCCUUCCCUGUGUCCUUGUCACUCUCAGCCAGUUUCAUGUCCUCUCUCACCCUGCUGGGCAUGCCUGCUGACGUGUACCUGCAUGGUGCUAAAUCCAUACUUGGCGUCUUUUCAUUCCUCAUAGUUGUCUUCAUCUCAGCAGAGAUCUUCCUGCCCAUCUUUUAUCGGCUCCAGAUCACCAGCACCUAUGAGUACUUAGAACUUCGAUUUAAUAAACAAGUUCGCUUGGUUGGAACAUUUUUCUUUAUUUUUCAAAUGGUAAUAUACACUGGACUGGUUAUUUAUGGCCCUGCUAUUGCUAUAAGUAAAGUCAUAGGAAUUGGAUUCUGGACUGAAAUCAUUGGAACUGGGCUUCUCUGUACUGUCUACUGCUCAUUGCUUGUGGUCUGGAGGCUUCUUCAUGGUAUCUUCUCCAACAGUUCAGUUUCUGGAUUCAGAGAGGGAGGUCUCAGAGCUGUAAUAUGGACAGAUGCUUUUCAAUUUUCCAUCAUGGUAAUAGGAUAUGCUUCUCUUAUUGUACAGUCCUCAUUACAUGACGAGGGGCUUGGAAGAAUUUUUAGAAUUUCUAAGGAAGGAGGAAGAUUAGAGAUUUGGGACUUCAAUCCCAGCCCUUUUCGGACGCACACUUUCUGGACAUUUAUGAUAGGUGGAACCCUAACAUGGACCAGCAUCUUUGGUAUCAAUCAUUCUCAAGUUCAGAGAUAUCUAUGUUGUAAAAGCCAGUUCCAGGCAAAAUUGGCUCUUUAUAUAAAUCUUCUGUGGCUCUGGACAAUUGUGUCAUGUACAGUGUUCUGUGGAUUGGCAAUGUACACCACAUUUCGUGGCUGUGAUCCUUUGCUAUCAGAAAGAAUUCAAGAAUCAAAUGAGCUCAUGAUAUAUCUAGCUGUGGAAAUUCUAGACUUUCGAGGAUCUCUUGGUCUUUUUGUGGCAGCUGCUUAUAGUGGAUCAUUGAGCACUAUAUCCUCCAGCAUCAAUUCGUUAGCUCUGGUAACGAUAGAAGAUUUCAUCAAACCUUUGUUAAAUAAUCCUUCAGAAAGAACUCUUUCUUUAAUUUCCAAAGUAAUAUGCUUAUUCUAUGGAAUACUUUGCAUAAUGAUAGCUGCUUUGGAAUCAUUAGCAGAGAGUAUAUUACAGAUAGCAAACACAAUAUUUGGCCUAGUUGGAGGGCCUCUCUUGGGCUUGUUUUCUCUUGGAAUGUUUACUUCUUGGGCCAAUGCAAAAGGUUCAUUGUUUGGGCUUCUGAUUGGAUUCGUGAUUUCAGCUUGGAUGGGAGUGGGAAAUUACUGGUAUCCUGUACCUCCUGAAAAAGUAGAAACCUUAGCACCUGUUUCAAUUGAAAACUGUUCCAGAAUCAAUAGCAUAUAUACAGAGUCAAUGAGGGUUCCAGAAAAACUAGACUUAAUAUCAUGGAAAGCAUCUGCAAUUCCAAGCCCUGAGGUACCAAGCAUUUUCUGGAUUUCUUAUCUGUACAUAGGCCCUAUAGGGACAUUUGUAACCCUAAUUGUGGGAUCACUUGUCAGCUUUCUAACAGGUGGAAAAUACCAGGAAGUUAAUGAAGAAUGCUUAUUAAGGAGAGAUGACACGAUAUUUGGUUCAUGGUGUAAAAGAACAAAUUCUUUCCCUCUCCUAUCCGAUGAGAAGGCAAGAGAGACAAACAUUAUGAAUGCAAAUGAAAAAGAAGUUCCUGAAACAUUCAAUUAGCAUGAAAAUAUUGGAAGAAGCUGACAAACCACCUUAAGAAACUUAAAUGUUAAAGGCAUCCCUUUCAAACCAUAACACAAUAAAAAUAACAUUCAACAAAGGAAUACAGAAUAAACCAAAAAUUUGGAA